AACCACAACCCCCUGGGCUCCCUGCUGACUGUUGCCACUGUCAUCAGUAGAUGAGUAUACUGGAUGUGCAGAAGAGGGUGUGGUAGGAGGUGCUGGAUAUGUGGAGGAAUGACAGAGACAGAGAGGCCUUGGUUUAAUGAGAGCUACAGUCACUAGCAGUGAGAAUAUUCCACCACCAACACUUGUCACAGCCUGCACCUGGUCGAUACUAGUAUCAUUCAACUCAUCGUAUAUUCUGGCCACCAGUUCCCCAGAGUGGGGUGACGACGAUAUGAUGACAUUGUAGUAGAGAAUGAGUCCAUUGGGAGGAACUGGAGGAG